AUCCUGUUAAACACCACUCACCUUCCUCAAUAAUCUUCUCUACAGGUAACGCACACCUGAGUCUCUUUACCUUCUCAAGACUAAAGGUGAAAGAGGAUGAGCAUGAUAAGAUUGAGAGAAAGUUAAAGGCUCACUGACUCUUUUUCUUCUUACCGUGGGUUCACACCAGCCGCAUUUGAGGCGUCAAAUUUGCGUCUACCGCGUCUAGUUUGCCGCUUGAGUUUAGUCGCUUCAUUCGCGCAUGAAAUUCUAGUCAUCGAGACAUUCACGUGCAAAUUCGUGUCAUGGGAGGGGCUUCUGUGACUCCGCUCGCAUCCUGUAAUCACGUUACUACUAGAGCAAGCUCCUGAUUUAACGCGGCGCGUCUCUCCGCCAAAGCUCAAAUUUUUCAACUCGUGCAUUUGCCUUGGCAACGCUUAAUUCAUGCCAUUCGCGCGAACUAGACACACGAAUGAGGCGGUAUCGCGUGUACCUCGCCGCCCUAAACCCCUCAUUCUCACAGCUAGACUUCCAGACACGCGUCAACGCAUCUUUACAUUGACUUAACAUUGAAAUCACUUGCGCUUGACUGUGUGAAAGCAGCAUUAGAAACUACAGGUUUCUAACUCAAACAUCUUGUGUGUGUUUGCUGUGCUCCCCAGGUACAGUAUUGUGUCUGCAGAUGAGGAGAGACUGAAGAUCUCUGCCCUCGGCCUUCACAACGGCAACAGCUCUGACCGGCUUCAUUCCCCCAUCACUAGCGUGAGAUCAGGAGCGGAGGGGACGAGUGCAGGAAUGAGAGCUAGCUACGACAAAAAGAUUUUCACCGCCGGCAGAAGCCGAAUACGGAGUCGCUUUGUCAAGAAAAACGGCCAAUGCAACGUCAUCUUUUCCAAUAUGGAUGACAAACCACGCCGGUACCUCGCUGAUAUCUUUACUACGUGUGUAGAUAUUCGCUGGAGGUAUCUGCUGUUGAUCUUCUGCUCCACCUUUCUAGUGUCCUGGCUCAUCUUCGGCCUGAUCUUCUACAGCGUGUCUUUGGCUCACGGAGACUUUGAAUCGAGAGUCGCCUCUGCCGACACAGGACGCCUGAUGGAGCGGAAACCGUGUCUGCUGGAUGUCGAGGGUUUUAUUGGGGCUUUUCUGUUCUCUGUCGAGACUCAGACCACCAUCGGUUACGGACGGCGCUGCGUCACAGAGGAAUGUCCGGUAGCGAUCGUGACGGUGGUGGUGCAGUCCGUCGUCGGCUGCAUAGUUGACUCUUUUAUGAUCGGCACAAUCAUGGCCAAGAUGGCGCGGCCAAAGAAAAGAAACCAGACUCUGCUUUUCUCCCAGAAUGCCGUGAUAGCGCUGAGGGACGGUAAGUUGCGUCUGAUGUGGCGUGUUGGGAAUCUGCGGAAGAGUCACAUCGUCGAGGCUCACGUUCGCGCUCAGCUCAUUCGUCCGUACGUCACGGCAGAGGGCGAGUUCAUCCCCCUUGAGCAGACCGAUCUCAACGUGGGCUAUGACGAUGGCACCGAUAGACUUUUCCUUGUAUCUCCUCUGGUGAUCGUGCACGAGAUCGAUGAGGACUCGCCGCUCUGGGGAAUGAGCAGAGCAGAUCUGGAGUCGGACGAUUUUGAGAUCGUGGUGAUUCUGGAGGGAAUGGUGGAGGCGACGGCCAUGACCACGCAAGCUCGGAGCUCGUAUCUGUCUCGGGAGAUCCUCUGGGGUCACCGCUUUGAGCCCGUUAUCUUUGAGGACCUCGAUCGCUAUCAGGUCGAUUACGCCCGGUUUCACAAAACAUAUGAAGUACCGUCGACACCCACCUGUAGUGCUAAAGAGCUGAAGGAGCUCAGUGGGCGUCGGUCGGUGGACUCCUCUCGUUCUGUGACACCGAUUAAGCGCUGGACUCGAACCCUGCCACCUUCACAUUCACCUAGUGCUUUCUGCUAUGAGAAUGAGGUGGCGCUGUGCUGCGGAGAGGACGAGGGGUUUAGAGAAGGUGGUGAUGUAGAUCUCAUUCACACAGACUUCCAAAAGAUGUUGCAGUCCACCGGGACCUCUGGCAGUAAUGCGCUGUGUGUACUGGAUAUGGACAACCAAAUAGAGUUUGACAUUUUAAAGAGUGCUAUACCACUCGAUCCACUGACCUAUAAGAGCGAGUCUGAGAUAAGAUGAGAUCAAGACGUUUCUGUACUGACCCCAAUUUAUUUAUAAAAGAAUUAAGUUGUGUUGAAAGACUCUGAAGAUGCUUUUUGAGAUUAUGAAACCAAACAAUGUUUUAGUUCUCUACUCUCCACUGGCUACUGAUUAAAGCGUGUGUCAGGUAUAAAUCAC